AUGGAAAGAGAAGCUUUAGCUUUAGCUGAUUCUGGAAUCAUGCCAGUUUCCAAGAACGAAGAGCCUGGAUUUAUUGCCCGACAGUCUAGUAACUCCCUGUCUCUUCAUCCUUAUAAGAAGAGGUGGUACUCUUUGAUCUAUCCUCAUGCACCUAUCCAUCCUUCAAGAAAUGUUGACGAUCUAGUGAAACCAGCAUUGGUCAAAAAUUUAUUUGGCCAGGAAGCUAUAUGUACGGCAAAUGUUUCUUCUUUUGGAGCUAGUGUGCAGGAAUUUAAUUUUCCCAUUUCAUCAAUACAUCCUUCCCUACGACACAAGUCUGCAAAUGUGCUUCGUGUUAGUCUUGGUAGUACUGUACGAGGGUUUAACUCCUCAGUACUGCAGUCAAAGUCAGAACCUGUAGAAGAAGCUAAUUUUGGAACUGCGGUUCGUCCAGAUGGAACAAUUGAGGCUAAUCUGCAGUCUAUUGAGUUGUCAACUAAGGAAUUACUUGAGCAAGAACCGAUGAAAUGUGAACCUUUCAUGAGAUCAGAUCUGAUUGCGCCCCAAUCAGUUGGAAGGGUUUUGCAGCUUCAGGAGAGUUCUUCUUCUACCUGUUCACAUUUGUCUGUGAGUGGAGGAGACUUUGAUAAAGUGGAGGCAUCUGUUUCCGCGAGUAUGAAUAUUGAAGAUCACAAGGUAUACAAAAAGACACAAGACACACAUAAUUUGGUUGCAAAUGGUGAGGAGUCGGAAAAUGAUGGGGAAAAGAUAAGUAUGUCAGUUGGUACAGAAGAAGAAUGUUAUGGUUCUGAUGGUUAUCAGGUUUUUGCGGGACAUGUUGACACUGAGAGUGUGGGGUGUGUCAGAGAGGAUGACAUAUAUGAAGACGGUGAGAUCCGAGAAUUGUUGAUGCAGUCAAUUGCAGAAGACCCAAUGGCUGAGUGGAUAGAUUCAGGAACAAAUAAGUCUUAUGAUGAUUAUGUGAAUGGCUGUGAUGAGAAAGCUGAAAAAAUUCUUCAUAAAGACAUCAAUCUGCGAAGUCCAUUAUUAGAUAAAAAGGAAACAACCGGUGAUGAUGAGCAGAGGCCUAUUGGCGCGGGUAGGUUGCUGUCUUCAAGAAGUGGAAGAGAGAGGUAUUCUUAUUUGGAGGAGGAGAAAUUCCAUCUACGAAGGAAUAGAGAUGAAAUCUAUGGUUAUGGUCCCAAAUUUGCUCGAGAUAGGUUUCAGGACCGUUCAUUUGAUAGCCCAAGGGGGAACUUCAUGCGUGGAAGAGGGAGGGGCUGGGGCCAUGGCCGAUAUUCUGGGAGUCAUUUUGAAAGCUAUGGAGAUGCAGCUGAUUAUCACUUUAGACAUAAACGUACAGCUGCGGUUUGGGAAUCUGCAAAUGAACGUAAUGACUAUGAUAGUAGACUAGAUGGUGGUGCCUUUGCUAGUAAUAGGAGGAGGAAUCUACUAAAUGAUACAAAGUUUACUCCUAUGCAGAGAAGCGGUUUCCCUCGAAUGUGGUCGAGAUCUCCUGUUAGAUCCCGUACUUGGUCCCUUCCUUCGAGGAGAUUGACAGAAGGAUUGAAUGGUCGUGAAGAUUUAUUUCAGCAGAGGUCUCCAGUUAUGUACAGGGAAGACAGAAUGAGGUCUUCUUCACAUACUUCCUUUACUGAAGAAGCAAUAGCCCCUCAAAGUUGUGACCGUCCAUCUUAUACUGCUUGUCGUCAGAAUGAUAUGAGGGAUGUGGAUGAUGUACAGGAGUACAGGCAUCCGAGGUCUCUUUCUAGCAGAGGGAGUCCACCUGAUCAGGAGAGGGCUGAUGGUUAUGGCGAGAGGCAAAUGAGAAAUGUGAAAGAGCAAGAAGGUGGUAAUGUCAGACGGAGGCAUGAAGAAGAAUUUGAUGGCUCCAGAUUGAAGAAAAGAAGAUUUUGA